GUAGCAUCAGCACUGGAGGUGCACGCCGAAUAGAAGCUCAGAUGCGAACACGGCUUCCUUCCACACUCUCACUACUGGAGGAAAAAAAGAACAAGACAUGUUUCGAAACUCAGCUUUUACAGCUUGAAUUUCCCGCAAUGUGUUUGUUUCUGGAUUAAGUUUGCACGUUAUUUCGAGUGACGUGGUCGGUUUGUGGGGAAACAUGAGGAUAACAGCCGGUUCCCGUGGAUGAUGAUGCCCCACAAUGAACGCAGAUUUUCAAAAUCCUCUGCAAGUCCCUCGACCAAAGGUCCGCAGUCAUCUGACCAUCACAGUGCAGUCCAAACUGAUGUCCAGGCCGUGUCCCCCACACCGUGGUCCAAAACCUCCAGUCGCCCCCAAGCCCAGACCUCUGUAUGAGCCUCACGAACAAGAGGAGCCCUGCCCCCCACAGCGCCUGAGUAACGGAGACCUGGCUCACUCUGAUGGGGAGACGGAAGAUCUCCAUGAUAUGGCAGAGGAGAAUCAGGACAAAGAGGAGAAAAGUGAGGCAGAGGAUGGGGUUCAUGACAAUGGCACAGGACACAAUGACAAAGAGGACAUAGCAGGAGGAGAAACUGAGGAGGAAGCAGAAAAGGAAGCAGACAUAUUAGAUAAUGAUGGCGACAGCAUUGGUUCUGAGGACACAGUGAAAGCAGAUUCUAUUAUUGACACUACUGAGGAUGAAAACACUGACAAUGACUUGAACCAGCCUGAAGGUGGCAUUCACACUGAUGAUGAGAAUACAUCAACGCCUUCCCUUCCUCCUGCUGAAAAUGAGAAAGAAACAGGGGAGGAGGCAGAAGAGGAGGAAGGUGAAAUAGUUUGUGGUUCUACAGGACACUCGGACGACCAUGUAGAGGAACAAAAUCUUGAUCAAACGCAACCACUCAGUCAGGGUGAUGAGGACAAUGAUACAGGACUUAAGAAAGUGGGCAGUGAGGACUGUGUGAACUGUGAUUUACACACAGAUGAGACCGAGCUGGAAGCUGGAGGAUUUUCAUUUGGAUUCAACGUGCUUCCGACUGUAACUGAGGAGUAUCCCUAUGAUGUGAUUGGCCCUACAGAUGAUGCUAGUGACACAUGUGAGUCAUGUGACCCAGCUGAGACAGGGGAGACAGAGGUUUGGCAACCAGAGCGGGCCACCAAGGACCUCUCUGGUUGUUUUCGAUUCACUGCCAGCACUGAGGAUGUGUAUGGGCCUUAUUCGGUCAUUGAAGCACUUCCGCCAGAUAUGACCGACACCGCUGACCCAGAGUGGAGUCAGGAUGAUACUGAUGACAAACCUUCAAAUGAAAUGCAAACGACAGGUGCUUCUAACCAAGAACCUCACUAUGUGUCAUCAGAUGACGUGGACAACCUGGAGGAUAAGCAAGCCCUCUCAGAACAGGGCGAGAUUGACGAAAGCGCCGAUCAAUCGAAUCAGCACAAAGACAUAGCAAAAGACAGCGAGUCAGCAGAUGAGUAUGCAGACAUUGAGGAUUCACUCUGCCUCCAAGCAGAGGAGGAGCAGGUGGAGUGCGUCUCAUCGGAGGAUUACGUCGAGAUAGGUGACGAUGACGAAGAGGAAGAAAUCGAAAAGAAACAUAUCAAAGGAAAAAGUGUAAAAGUGAGAACGGCUAAACGAGAUCAAGCUUUCCUCAGCAAGCGAACAAGCUGCCAGCCUCGCCUCAGGUUGUGCAACAUCACAGUGCCAGCUGACCUAGACGCAGGCCGCACCCCGGAGCUCACCAACAGGGUGGUGUUUGCCCACACCACUGAGGCCUUUGAAGAAGACAUUGAGGAACUAGACUGCCACAUUGUGCCUUACUAUGAGGACACAGACUCGGACAGUGAGGAGCAUAUAUACGAAGAGGCAGGGUUUGACUCAGAGGGGGAGAACUUUGUUGCGCUUGAUCGGAAGACGAUUGUCACAAGAUCCCGCUCCUAUUCUGGGAAAGUUCCAGGUUAUGUCCCAGAAACUGUUCCAGAAGAGACAGGGACAGAGUACCAGACUCAUGACUACUGCACAGUGGCCUUAGAUAAAAACAAUGAACCACUUGGCCAUUCACAGCUGCCUGGGGUCAACUGUUUGAUCCCGUCUAUGAAGUCUCGUCGCUUCUUGUUUUAUUCCCGGUCUGCAGAGGGUCCAGAAUUGACCUUGACCACUCCAACAGAGAUCAACCAAUCCAUGAAGGAUGAAAUCAGGAUGAAAAGGAAAGAUGAUAACCUUUCACUCCCAUGUGUCAUUACCUCUUCUGGAAGCUUCUCCCAGCGUAGCCAUCGAUCGUCUAGUGGUGUUUCUACACCAACCUCUCUAGUGGACAUACCGCCACCCUUUGAGCUGGCAUACAUAACUAAAAGACCAGUCACCAAGAGUUCCCCAUCCCUCCUGAUCCAGCAUGAGCCCAGUGAGAUACCUAAGAAGAAGACUUCCUCCUUCAAGCGCUUCUUGGCACUCAAGUUCAAAAGGAAGACGGAUUCGAAGGGUUUCAGUGACGGAAGUGUCCGCUCUUCUCGUUCUUCAUCCGAGUCCAGCCAUCAUGGCCCAGCAAGAGUCAUAGAGCUUGAUCGUAGAAGCACUGGCAGCUCUCCUCAGCUUCAGUCCCGCAUUGUGAACCCCCAGCAGCAUCCUUUUGUCCUCUACAAAGACCACCAGAGGAGGAAAGGUGACCCCAAAACUUAUGGCAGGGGCGUCUCCAGAGUGGAGUCCUUCGAGGAGCGUUCUCGGCGCUCCGCCAUGCCGCUGCCUUUGACCAAACCUCGCUCUAUCUCCUUCCCCAGUGCAGACACCUCAGACUAUGAAAACAUCCCAGCCAUGAGCUCAGACUAUGAGAACAUCCAGAUCCCAGGCAGACCCACCAGAUCCCACACUGUGACAGAGUUUUUUGAGGACCCAAAUCGCACUACAGUUGCCUUCAAUGAGAACGACGGCUAUGUGGAUAUGAACAGUUUCCCUGGGAUUGACAGCAUAACCCAGUCAUCAAAAGCAGACACUGAAAGUGCCUACACAGAGCCUUUCCCAAUGAACACCGUUUCUGCUGGGCUGUCAGCGGAUGAGGACCACGGGCGUACCUCAGAGGAGGAAGAGGGGGUGGCUGAGCAGAGUUAUGACCGACAGAUUGAUGGGCGAUCCAGAGCGUUCUACGUCGCCAAAGAGCUCGUUGACUCAGAGAGACUACACGUCAGCGCCCUCAAGUACCUUCACAAGGACUUUACGUCAGCAGUGACAGAGGCGGUGGGUGAGGAAGGAGAGCUUGUGCUGGAGGAGCAGAGGUUAGGAGAGAUAUUGGGGGUGCUCCCUGAGGUCUACACCCUCCACAGCAGCAUCCUUACUGAGCUGGAGGAACGCAUCAGUCAGUGGGAGGAGAGCCAAAGAGUAGUAGAUGUGAUCCUGUCCCGGCAAGAGGACUUCCGGGUGUUUGACACCUUUAUCUCAGAGUAUGAUCGCAGCAUGUCUUUACUGGAGGAGAGCUGCAGGGACAACCAGGCCUUCGCCAACAUCGUCAAGAAAUUUGAGACGAGAAGCCCAGAUGAAGCUGAAGUCCCACUGAAACACCAGCUGCUGCAGGUUAUAGUGAGAGUACUUCAAUAUCGAAUGCUACUCACAGAUUACCUGAACAACCUCUCUCCUGAUUCUAAAGAAUACGAGGACACGCAAGCUGCCUUGGUGAUCGUGUCCGAGGUGGCAGACCAGGCCAAUGACAAUCUGAAACAGGGGGAGAACUUGCUGCGUCUGGUCCACAUAGAAUACAGCGUGAAGGGAAAGAGGGACCUGCUGAAGCCCGGAAGGAUGUUUGUCAAAGAGGGCACUCUCAUGAAGGUCUCGAGGAAAUGCAGACAGCCCAGACACCUGUUUCUGAUGAACGAUAUAAUGCUGUACACCUACCCUCAGCAGGAUGGAAAAUACAGGCUAAAGAACACACUAUCUCUGUCUGGGAUGAAGGUGAGCAAACCUGUCCUAGACAACGUGCUGAACUGUCUAAAGAUUGACGUGUCUGACAUCACUAUUACACUCUCAGCCAGUUCAGUUGGAGAGAGGGAGGACUGGUUUCACACAUUGAGUCGAGCCAUAGCAGACCAUGCUGCAGGACUCUGUACGUUUGGUGGACCCUGCAGUGAGGCCCGUGAGAAGUUGUGGAUGGCCCUGGGUGAGGCUGCUCCUGUACUGGUGCCAGUUUCUCAUGUGAUGAUGUGCAUGAACUGUACCUCUGACUUCAGCCUCACGCUGAGACGACACCACUGCAACGCCUGCGGCAAGGUGGUGUGCCGCACUUGUUCCAGGAACAGAUACCCACUGAAGUACCUCAAAGACAGGGUGGCAAAAGUGUGUGACCACUGCUAUGCCGAGCUCAGGAAAAGAGGUGGCAGCGUGUCUGGGGCGUGCGGUAAUUCCAGCCCUCGGACUCACCGGGCAAGCCGUCCCCUCUCUGCUGUCUUCCAGAGCCUGCAGCCUCCGAGUUUGUGGAAGAGCAGGAAGAGCACCAUUUCACUCAACCAGGUAUCGCUUACUGUGGAGGGCUCCACCAUGAGUGGCAGCCUGCAGCGCCGGAAGAAGAGCAAGAGGAAGUGGAAGCGGCUAUGGUUCCUCCUCAAAGACAAGGUGCUCUACACCUUCACAGACCGUGAGGAUAAAGUGGCUUCAGAGAGUCUACCUCUGCAGGGCUUCACUGUCAAGCUUACUGAGAGGCCAGAGGGAGAGGAAAGCAGCAACGUGUUUCAUCUCUACCACAAGAAAACCCUGUACUACACCUUCAGGGCUGACGAUCCACACACUGCACGCAGAUGGGUCAACGCCAUGGAGGAGGCUACUGUUUUAUAGCACCUGCUCAGUUCAAUGAACACGCCCUGCUGUCUGUGACUGCUAGAACUCCUCUGUGGAGCACAACAUAGCUACCUGCUGCUUCUGAACUCAGACCAUCACAUCCAACCUGUUCUGGAAUAUUAUGUGACAAUUUAAUUCCCAAUAAAAACUCAGACAAGGCUGCUACCCGGUGGUAGAAAGGUGAAAAUGGAAGAUGACACCAAGUGGAAAGGAGAAGUGGGAUCAUUAUGUUGGAGUAUGAUGUAUCAUAUGAAAACUCUUUGGUUCCCAAUGCAGUUAAGUUCACAGGAGCCUUCACUUUCUAGGAGCAGCUUGGAUACAUCAAGUACUGCAUCUCUCUGUUUCACCUUUUUACAAUGACCUUCCCACACAAAAAAAGACAACUCUUUCAGCUUUGCUGUAUUUUUGUUGUAUUUUAUCUGAGGUUCCAUUGGAUUAUUAAAACGCUCUUUUGAUUCCACAGGAGAACGUCAUACCCUUCAUUUUUAUCUGUGUUCGGUAUAAAAUGACAAACAAACUUUGCUCCAUAGUAGUAUUAGCAGCUGGUAAAGGGGAAAAUAUUGGUCAGCGUUUUAGAGAGAUAAUCUAAAUAUAUAUUGUGAAAUAUACACUGCAGAUAUUGAAGUGAACUUAUUAUUAGGAUAUGUUUGUAUAGAAAUGGUGUUGCAGUACAAGAUGUUCAGAGUAAGAGGUCAUUUUAAUCAUCCCAGUGUGUGUACAUCAUAUUUCUUGUGGAGUUUUACACAGUGUUACUAUUAUAUUGAAUCUGCAAAGCUAUGGAAUGACCCUCAGCAUGACAACAGUGUAUCUAAGGAUGAACACUUUGAAAGAGACUUUGUAUUUGAAUUUGGAAAAAAAAAAAACUGUCAUACCGUUCUGAAGUGCCAAUUGAUUUCUUCCAUUUGAAUGCUGUGCAAUUUACAGUUGAUGAUGAAUGUGCCUGAAAUGAAAUUGUACUCCUUGUUCGUCUUUAUAUUAUCAAAGUACUGUACUACUGUCACAUCUCCAGAAGAGAGCUUGAUAACAUUAGCUUUUUAUCUAUUCUUAUAUACUUUUACCUUGUAGUAUUUUGAACAGUUCUGUUACAGUCCAGUAACAUAAGAAUAUACUAUUGUGCCAUUUUUAUUAAUGCCUUUUUCAUGCUGUAUAUACAAUGCUGGAUAAAAUCACACCUAAUGGAAACAGCUGACAAAAAAAGCCAUUGUCAUACUACCUAUAAACUGCCAGGAUUAAGAUUCAUCUGAGCCGCUCAUGUCUUCAGCAGUAGUGACACUGGAGCUUCACACUUUUCUACUGUUCUAACAUAAUCCAUAGUUUCUCUUAAAUAACCUACCUAAUGGCAUCAUCUGCUGUACCACAUCUGGUUUUUCACCUAUCAAACUGCAUUAUUUCUAAAGCACACAUGUGUUCAUCAAGUACUGUUCAGCUUUUCUACUGGUUUCUUAUGUGCCAUAUCUAUAGUGUUAUUAUGGAUUGUACCUCUUGCAUAUAGUGCAUUGUAAAUGUUUAUGUAUAUAGAUACAUAUAAAAAUAAACUCUUUUAAAAGUUUACUUAA